AUGCAAACCAAAAUUGUUCUUUUGGCCUUCCUUGGUGCCAUGAGUGCCUCGGCUGCUACCAUCAAACGACAGAACACUGGCGCCGAUUUUGGCACAUGCACUCCAACCAUGGACUUCCAACUUGGUCGUCCCGGGCGCAAGGCUACUGAGGGCACGUUUCUGCCCACCGAUCCCACUGUCGCCAAGGGCCAGCAAGAUGCUCUAAACCCAAACAUCAUUACCAACCGGAUUUGCGACCAGCUCACAAACGUCUGCGGGGCCAAUCAAGCCGCAAAGGACCAAUGUACGCAAGCCAAAGCAAAGGUCGCUGCGGCGGGCACCAAGGAUGCUUCAACGGCGACCCUAUUCAACAGCGCUUUGGGCUUCUAA